UCCUGUUCUGUUUUGGUUUCAUGUGGGAUUGAAGCAAUAAAUACAAGCUUUUCCAUGGAGGAUUCUCCAUUGCCAUAAUCAAACCUUCAAUCCACUAUCAACCAGAUCAGAAUCCACCAACGACUUUUCAACUUCACAAUCCUUCUCCAAUCUCCAUUAUCUCCUCCAACGACAUUCUUCAGCCACUCUCCCCGGCAAUGGGGCACCCAAAUGAGAACACUGGCUCUUCCGUCUCGUUCGGUGCUGUCGUCGCCGGCCUUUUCUUCUUACUGGCUCUGUAUUGCGCAACCGAUCCCUUCAAGCACAGUGUGAUCGCUGACUUCCCUGACUUUGAGACCUACGAUGUCGAAUUGCCUUCGUGGUCUCAAAUUCCGACGGACAGAGAUACCCAUAACUUGUUGCAGAAGUCGACGAUUAUGUUUAAGGAUCAAGUUCAGGGACCUGAGAGUGUGGCUUUCGAUCCUCUAGGGCGUGGACCUUACACUGGUGUCGCUGAUGGUAGAGUAUUGUUCUGGAAUGGCGAAUCCUGGACUGAUUUUGCUUAUACUUCGCCGAAUAGGUCGGAGAUAUGUGAUCCUAAGCCAUCAAUUUUAAGUUAUUGGAAGAAUGAACAUAUAUGUGGCCGCCCUUUGGGUCUCCGAUUUGACAAGAAGACAGGCGAUUUAUAUAUUGCAGAUGCAUACUUCGGGCUGAUGAAAGUCGGACCGGAAGGAGGUCUGGCAACAUCUCUUUCAACUGAAGCAGAAGGAGUUCCAUUCAAGUUCACCAAUGAUCUAGACCUUGAUGAAGAAGGGAAUGUGUACUUCACAGAUAGCAGCACCAAAUACCACCGAAGGAACUUCUUGCAUGUAGUUUUUUCUGCUGAGAACUCUGGGAGAGUUUUGAAGUAUAAUGCUGCUACAGGAGAAACCACUGUUCUUGUGAGAGAUGUUUAUUUUCCAAAUGGCGUGUCUCUAAGCAAGGACGGUUCAUUCUUCGUCUUCUCCGAAGGGGGCAAAGGAAGAUUAUGCAAGUAUUGGUUAAAGGGUGAGAAAGCAGGAACAACAGAGGUCUUCGCCAUACUUCCCGGAUUUCCCGACAACAUCCGAACGAACGACAAGGGCAAAUUCUGGGUGGCAAUCCACAGUCGACGAUCGACAUUAGCCAGUUUGGAAGCUAAAUAUCCAAAACUGAGGAAAUUUCUUCUCAAGCUUCCAAUAUCAGUAAAAUUCCAGACCAUCUUGCUUGGGGGGAGGCCUCAUGCAGUGGUUGUGAAGUACAGCCCAGAGGGAAAGCUUUUACAGAUAUUAGAAGACAACCAAGGGAAGGUUGUGAGAGUAGCAAGUGAAGUUGAGGAAAAAGAUGGAAAAUUGUGGAUUGGAAGUGUUUUAAUGUCUUUUCUUGCAGUUUAUGAUUUGCAUUAAGUUUGGUGAAUAGGAAUAGGCCUUUUUAGUUUUAUUUCUUUGGUAGUUUUAGAGUAUUAGUUAGCUAUUUAUGUUUAUUCUGAACUUACCUGUUGUGUUUUUUUUUUCUCUCUUAUUCCCUUCUUCCUUGUCCAUGGACAAAGUACAUUUAGAAAUCACUCUAGUAUUUAUGAUCCAAAAACUCCCUACUUUUGUGUAACAAAGUUUGAAACAAUGACAAAUGUGUACUUUUCUAA